UGGUAUUGUGACAGAAGAGAGAGAGGCCGGAUCUUGCAGAAAGAGGAAGCGUUGGUCUUCAGGAAACGAGACAUCUUCCUGGCAGUUACUACAGCACCAGAGCCACCAUGAGAUCUGUUCAUGUAGGGCUGCUGUACGUCGCUUGGAUUUCUGGGAUGGACCCAUCCUCAGCCCAGUCUGAGGGGAAGCAGCUGGUUCGUGCUGUUGGACAGUCGGUCACUUUUGAAGCCGCAGUGUUACAGAGAGGCUUUUUAAAACAUGAAAGUGUUAGUAUGGCAGUAGUGACUGAUGGAAAGGGCAUUACUGAUUUUGUGGAGAGAUUCAAAGGGAGAGUGUCCUGGGACAGUCAGACUGGGCUCUUUAAAAUCACAGACCUGAACACACAGGACUCUGGGAAUUAUAAUAUACAGAAUAAUGAUGGACAGAAGACGAUCACAGUGAAUUUCCUCCUAAAAGUAUACAAUAGAGUGUCCAAGCCUCAGGUGUCCACAGUGUCCCAGGUCAGUGAGAGCUGCUCUCUGCCGUGCUCUGUGAGUAAUGGGAGAGAGGUGACCCUGUCCUGGCAGAGAGACAGGACGAUACUCGACCACACCAGCAACCCUGAUCUCAACACCCCCCUGACUCUCCCUCUGGAGACAGAAGGUCUCUCUCACUCCUACAGCUGUGUGGCCUCUAACCCAGUCAGCAAUGAGACAGUCUCUCUGCAGAACUGCAAAGAGACAGGUAAGCAAAUGUGUUAGUGUAGUGCUGCUAUU